GUUGGCUCGAGUGCGAGGUCUCUAUAAAUGCGUGACGUUCGUUCGUGCCUCCAGUCGGUGGGAGGUCAGCCUUUCCGCGGGAACGUACGGCACGAUACAACGCCACACACUUGGAACACACGCAUCGUUUUUCCCCUUUGUCGUUGCCCGGAUCUUUUCCUCCCGCUGUCUCCUCACGAGUCGCCGCGGUCGGAAACGACCGCGGCUCGAUCACCGAUUUCGCCGCGUGACGAGAAACCGCGGCCGGCGAAAUUAAGUAUGCAGCGGAAUGUCUUUUAGUGCAACCGAUUUCUCUUCACGCUAAAUCGGACGAACCGUGCGUAUUUGUUAUUCCUCGGAAUGCCAGUGAGUGUGCGCGCAUUCUCUCGGCGAAGAAACGGAGCACGCCGAUGAUCGACUGCAUGACGCAUCAUUACACUUUUGGAGGCUGCUCUUUGAACUUGGGCGUCGAGCAGAGAUUGAAAAUGCUUGGCAUCGUAGCGAUAUUACUGGACCCUUUUGUGCUUAUCGGAUUCAUCCUCGGUAGCCUAUACUUCUAUCUCACGGCCACCUUUGACUUUUGGAAAUGCCGCGGCGUACCAUUCAAAAAGCCGACCGUGCUGCUCGGGAAUUUCGGUCCUCUGCUUCUAUUCCGGAGGUCGCAGCCAGAAGGCGUGAAAGAGAUGUAUCAGUGGUUCAAGGAUGAAAGGUUCUUUGGCGCGUUCCGGGUAAGAUCGCCCGUGCUGAUCCUACGCGAUCCCGAUUUAGUGAGGAGCGUGUGCGUCAAGGAUUUCGCUUGCUUCUCGAAUCGGGGGAUUCCGGUCAAUAACGAUCAGGAUCCGCUCUCUGGACACCUGUUCAAUCUCGAAGGGCGCAAGUGGAAGGGCCUCAGAUCGAAACUGACGCCCGCGUUCUCGUCGGGCAAGCUAAAGCGGAUGUUCUACCUGCUAGUGGAAUGUUGCGAGGAGUUGCAGAGGCUCAUCGAUGAGGCGAGCAGUAACGGUGACCAAACGGUCGAGGUACGGGAGCUGGCCGCGAAAUUCAUCAUCGACGUCAUCGGCAGCUGCGCCUUCGGCAUACAGAUAAACGCGCUCACCGACGAGGAGUCCGAAUUUCACAGGGCGGUGAAGAGGCUCUCGAAGCCGAGUUACAAGGCCACUCUCUGGAGGAUGUUACGAACGGCCAUGCCGAGGCUGUACAGGCUGCUGGGCGUGCAGCUCGUCGAUCCGAGCGUUACCAAAUUUUUUAUGCACGUCGUGUCGCAAAUGAUCAGCCAGAGGGAGAGCAACGGCACGACCAGACACGACUUCAUGGACUUGCUGAUUGAGUUGAGGAACAAGGGUACUCUAGAGAACGAAGCCGGCAGCCCGACCAUCUGCAGCGACGAGGACGCCCAAGCGGCGAAGGAAAUCGAAUUGGACGAGAACGCUAUCGCGGCACAAGCGUUCGCUUUCUUCAUUGCCGGCUACGAAACGUCUUCGAACACAAUUGCUUUCUGUCUUUACGAGCUAGCCUUGAAUCAGGAAGUCCAAGAUAAAACCAGACGAGAAGUGCGAGACGCUAUGCGAGGUGGAAAAUUAACUUAUGAAGCUGUGCAGGAAAUGAAGUAUCUCGACAUGGUAAUACUAGAGACUCUGAGGAAGUAUCCGCCCGCCCCGCUAUUCUCACGAAGAUGCGAGUACAAGUACCAAAUACCGAACACCAAUGUGGAGCUGCCAGCGGGCAUGCGGGUCAUCAUACCAAUUUAUGGCCUCCAUCACGACCCGAAUCACUAUCCCGAUCCGACAAGAUUUAAUCCUGAGAGAUUCACGGAUGAGAACAAACGCACCAGGCAUCCCUACACGUAUCUUCCAUUCGGAGAAGGCCCACGAAAUUGCAUAGGCAUGCGGUUCGCGUUGCUGCAAAUCAAGAUGGGGAUAAUAGCGUUUCUCAAGGAUCAUCGGGUCGAGAUAUGCGACAAAUCGACGGUACCAAUCAAGUUCAGCAGACGAAGUCUCGUAACAACAAGCGAGACGGGAUUUUGGCUUACCAUUACUCCUUCUUAGAUAAGGAUUGUAUUUAAGAAUAUUUUAUUUUCCUUCAGGAAACCAGUGAUUAUAUACGCGAAUAUAAAUUCGUUACGUUAAUGUACUUAAUCUGCUGUAAAAGAAUAGAGUGCCAGCUGUUA